GAUGGAUGUACAUACACACGGACAGACAGACAGACAGACAGACGGAGAGGAGGGUCGUACACGAGCCUCUGUUUUUCGUGUCAUGAGUAUCAUGGAUGUCCAUGGAAUGUGUGCACUGCACUGAUCAUGUCAUGAUGGCCAAUAUAACUGCGAAACACCUUCCUCCCUCAACCAAGCCAAGCCACGCCGGCGCAUCUUCCUUCGCAACCACCAGCCAUCCCAUCCCAUCCCAUGCCAUGCCAUGCAGCCAGGUCGGACGAUAGGUAAUUUCAUGCCCUCUUGUUGUCUCCCCUACCCCUACCCCGAUUCCCUCGGUCACUUCCACUAGCACCCCCACCAGCCCUCUGCUCUCUCUGCUCCUUCCUUCUCAUUUGCUCUUUCUUGCGCAUGACGUUGAGCUUCUUGUAGGCCUCGUGGUGGGCAGUCUUGAACACAUUGAAGAACACACCACCCCGAGUGCGUGCGCGCGUUGGGUCGUCCACACGGUGCAUACCUGAUCGAUCGAUCGCACACCAAAGCAAGCCAAGCCAAGCCACAUCACAUCACGCUGUGUGUGAGUGUGACUGUGAGAGAGAGUGUGCAGCAAUCCAUACGCACCACCGGCAUUGAGUUCGAUCUCCUCUGUCUGUGCGAGCAGGCGCAUGGCGGCCCCCACCCCUAUCUCGGUGAGGAUGAACUCGAGGGCAUCCGCCUGCUCCUCGACCUUCUCGUGCAGCCACACACAGAUGGCCUUGGCCACGUUGGACAAAAACGCCCUCCGCUUCUCAUCAGAUGGGGCCGUCGGCGUCACCACAGCUGGUGCGGAUGUCGACGGGCCAUUGACCUCAUCUGGGUGGUCGGCGGGGCGAGAAGGGGGUCCGUCAUGUGGUGCAGGUGUCUGUGUGGUCGGCUGGGUCGCCCCGGCAUCAUCAUGGUGGGCGGCACCAGGCCUCUCCGGGAGCCGCCUGUUGUCGGGUGGCUGUGUUGGCUGUGGCUGGCGUGCGGUUGAUGUGAGUCCCUUGGAUGCGCUGUAAUGUGUCCUGGUGGCUGUUGGCUUGGGGUAGAGCCGCUGCAGGGUCUGGGUGAGGUCCUUGCUGAAGUAGGCUAUGGUGGCCUGCAAUGCCAACAUAACAUGACACACGCGGACACGAAGGACGGACGGACGGCGUGGUUGGGUGGUGCGUCCCAUGGCGUGGUGUCGUGUUGUGGGUGUGUGACAUGAGCGAGCAUAGCAUAGCCGUCCGUCACUGACCUUUUGGUCUUUGUGUGAGGCGAGGCACACGCGUUCGAUCUCGACGAUGGCGAAGCCAUGGGUGCCGGCGAGCACCACCAGCUCGCUCACGUCCUGCUGACUCGGCAGAUACAGAACCACCGUGCUGCUCGCCAACCUGUGCAGCAGUUGACACACACACACACACACACAAACACACACGUGAGCAGUUUUGCCGUCCACAUUCAUCGGCGAGAUCUGUCUGUUGUUCCGCACCUGCAUGCGGCUGAGAAGAGUUGCACGAUGUCCGGCUCGAAGACGGCCUUGAUGGACCACCAGGCCCUCUGCUUGUACACCGGCCCACCCCAGGGCGGCGACAAGAACACCGCAUCGAAGCUCUCCCCCCUCCCCGCCGCAUCAGCCGCCCACUCCUCAAACCGCGCCACCACAAACUCAGCCCGAUCGCUGACACCGUACACCCCCACAUUGUGCCUGCCCAUGUCGACCUUGGCGGCAGCCAGGUCCACGCCCACGACCUUGUCGCAGUGCAUGGCCAGCUGGAUGGUGUUGCCGCCGAUGCCGCAGCAGGCAUCCACCACAGUGCGGCAGCCGCUGGCCUGCAGCUGCUUGGCGAUGCGGGAGGCCGUCCGCUCGGGGGUCACCUCAUACCAGGCCGACUCGUCCAUCUGGAUGCCCUCAUCGAAACGCGAGAAGAGAGAGUAGCGUUGCUGCCAGUAGCGGUGCAGGUGGCUGGUAAGGCCGGGCGGGGGCGGGGCGGACGAGUCGCCGAGAGAAGCGGCGUCCUUGUCGUCGUCGUGGGCGGUCGCAUCAAGGGAAGAGGGAGGGCUGGAGGUGAGAGAGCCGACCUGAGUGGCGCUCACGCCCACUGCGGCAGGUUCCUCACUCUCCUCUGGCUGUGGCAGUCCUUGUGACUCGACGGAAGGGCGUGUGGGGACGCUCCGCCGCCUCGGCUUCGGCAGGAAGAAGGUCUUGAACGUGACAAUAGCCACGGACGCACAAUACCUCCUCUCCUCUCCACCAGACCCAUCCGCUGGUGCGGUCGCUGCUGCUGUUGUCGUAGUUGAAUCAGUGAUGCUUUUCGAGCGGAGGAAGUACUCGUGGAGGGCUCGCGUGUUGGCUCCCGCCGCGAUGGCGAUGUGUAUGGAGCCGGGCGGGUAGUUGGUCUGCCAUGAGGCCGCCACGGGAGCGUAGUCCUCCUUCUGCUGGUCCCGGAGGAUGCAGUAAUACAACAGAUCCAGGUAAGGUCGGGCUAUGGAACUCAUCGAUGAGCCCUCCACAAUGAAUGAGUUCAUAGCCCCAUCCUCCUCAACCUUUC